AUGCAUUUCGCCGCUGUCGUUACAUCGCUCCUUGUAGUGGGCGCAGCUGCUGGCCCAUUCCGCCGUCAGUUCACGAGCAACAAAUUUAGCAAUAACACAUCCCUCGCUUUGCCCACUCGAAUUCCUUAUGGUACAGUCAUCGACAGCUGUACUGUCAAAGACACAUUUGCCCUCACCUUUGAUGACGGCCCGUUCACGUACACCAACCACGUUCUCGACCUCCUCGCCGAGGCUCAGGUCAGAGCUACCUUUUUCGUUACCGGCAGUCUCUUGAGCGACAUCAGGGAACAGAAGGCUGUCAUCCAGCGCAUGCUCGACGAGGGCCACCAAGUCGGCCACCACACCUGGAGCCAUGCCGACCUCGCUACAACCAGCGACAAAGACGUGGUUACGCAGAUGACCAAGCUGGAGGACGCCUUCUUUGACAUCAUUGGGAAAUGUCCCACAUACAUGCGUCCUCCCUACUUCAGCUGGAACAGCGCCACUCUGUCUAUAAUGAAGGAUCUCAAAUACCACGUUAUCCGUGCCGAUAUCGACACGUUCGACUGGAAAUACAGCUCGUACGGGAACCUUACCGGUCUCACGCUUUUCGAGAAUGGCAUCGACGCUGGGGGCACCCUCACUUUGUGCCACGAUGUCCAAAAAAACACCGCCGAGGUUCUGCUGCCCGAGCUCCUGCGCGUCAUGAAGGAAAAUAACCUAAACGGAGUCCCCGUUGGCGAAUGCCUUGGCGAUCCCGAGGCCAACUGGUACAGGACCGAGCGCAUCGUCCCUGUUCAAGGUCUAGCACCACUGCCUCAUGGAACGGGUUCAAUAUGA